AUGCGGGUGUUGGUCACUGGAUCCACCGGCUUCGUCGGCUCCCACGUUUGCCGCCUGCUGGUCGAUCGACAGCACACCGUGUUCGGGCUCUGCCGCGACAGCAGCGCACGGCUGCCGCAAGGCUGCACAACCGUGUGCGGUGACCUCGAGGACGUUGCGAGCCUGGACGCCGCACUACGCGAGUCCGCUUUCGACGUGGUGAUCAACGUCGCGGGAGUCUACGCUUGGUGGCUGGCUGACGCGUCUCUCUUCGAUCGUGUCAACGUCGCCGGCGUGCGGAACCUGAUCGAGGCUCUCCGCAAGCAUCCCGGGGCCGCCCUGGUGCAGGUCUCGACGGUGCUGGCCUACGGCCGCUGCUGCGCGCCGCAGGAGGUCUUUGCCGAGGAGACGCCUCCGGGUCCUCACGCGAGUGCCUACGCGGCGAGCAAGCACCGCGGCGACGCUAUCGCGCAGGAGGCCUUCGCGUCGGGAACGGUGCGCGGGAGCACGCUCUUCCUCGCCUGCUGCAUUGGGGCGGACCCAAAGCUGGUGGACGCGGAGAGUGAUGUGAUGCGGAUGCUCGACCUCGUGCAGGGCUCUGUCCCGGCAACCAUCGCUGGGGAGGUCGUCUUCACGUACGUCUCUAGGCUGUCCACGCGCACCUUUUACGCCCUCAUCGCCGAGCUGUCCGGCCAGCCAGCGCCCGCCUUUGAGAUCCCGGCGUGGGUGGCGCGGCUGAGCGCCCGCACGAUGACCGCGUGGGCCAACCUCGUCUCUGGCCGGCCGCCCACGGCGCCGACGGACCUGGUCCGCACUGCCGUGAGCGGGACGCUGUGCUUCGACGCGGGAAAGUCGAAGCGCGAGCUCGGCAUGGAGUACACGCCGAUCCGCGUCGCCUUUGCUGAAGCCAUCGAUCUGAUCACGGACACGACGACGCGGACCGGGGAAGACGAGCGCGACGGUGCGAUGAUCGCAGCCGAGCAGCGCGGCCGGCUCGUGGAGGAGGGCGAGCGGGGGGGGGAUGGUGGGUGA